AUGGGUACGGAGGUUCUACGGCCACAAGAUUGCUUUACCCACCGGAUCGGUGCUCCGCCGGCGGGAUUCUCCCGCCGGAGGGUUUACGUCAACAACGUCAAUGUUUACCGGGCUCACCGGAAACCGGUCACGCGACCCGAGCAGCGAAAACGGGUCGCUGAGAAAAAACUGAGUUCCGAUGACUCGAGGGUUUCGAGGAGCAGCGGGAUGGUGAUGGAGAAGGUGACGAUUCUCCGGAGGGGAGAGUCGCUCGAUUCGAAGCUGAAAUGCGAGGCCUUGAAGAAGGAGGGAGACGAUAUGGUUGUAGUUGGGACCCAGAGACUCGGACCCGACCCGGAUAUGGUUCCCAAGCAGAUCUGCAUCGUUGAUUUCUGGUCCGGGCACGAUGUUUACGCCGGAUCAGCGUUCGCGAUGUCGCCGUCGCCCAGCGCGCUUCCCUUGCCGUCGUUUUCGAAGAGGCAUGUGGCAGCGGCGGCGGCGGUGGCGGUUGACGACUCCGCCACGAGAGAUCUGAGGCGCUUGCUCCGGCUUGAAUGA